AUGACCGAAAAGAGAUCAAUCUGCCCCUGGUUGUCUCUGGCGGACUCGCGUCUCUCCGAGAGUGCGCUAGCAUGUGUGCCAUCCGGCCUCCGCCUGCAGGCCUUGGACUCGGAACUCAGCAACAUCGAGAAGGCCUUAUAUCACGCCCGUCAAUUGCGCAAUCUCAAGACUGGACCCUGCAAACUUCCAGCUGAAGUCCUCGUGUCUGUCUUCGAGUAUGUUCAAACAGAGUGGCCGCCACUGCGUAGACCCAGCGAGGAGAGGGAUACCUUCGACGCCGGUUGGAUGUCACUCGCUCAUGUCUGUAGCAAGUGGAGAGAGAUACUCAUCGGCGUUCCGUCAUUAUGGUCCAAGCCGACGCUCAAUACCUUCGACAUACCCCAUCAAUAUAUUCCAGAUAUCCUCUUUCGAGCUCGUUUAAAUCCACUCGAUUUGGAGCUGGAUUAUACCGGAGGCUCAGACACUGUGCUGAACGACAUCGGAGCGAAUGCCUGGCUCUCCCCCUCCGUUCUGCGGCGUGCCAGACGGUUGGACAUCACUGCAGGAGAGGACGUUAUUUCGCUUAUAGCCACACGUCUUUACCUCGUUCAUGAAACGGAUCAACUGCGCGACCUCCGCGUGUCAACUCUCUUUGCGAAUGGAAACCCCGAUCUGCCAAUCCCCUUUCAAACCCUGUCAGGUGUGAAAAGGUUGCACCUAUGCAAUUGCCAAAUAUCAUGGCAGUCGCCUAUCUUCUCUCGACAUGUCACACAUCUCCAUCUAUCGCAAAGAAGCGGAGGAUUCCGCCCGUCAUAUGGCGAGAUGGCGGCGCUCGCGGCCCUCCUCGAGUCUCUCCAAACACUCCAUUUAGCGGACGUCGUACCUAUCGCAGGCCCUACGCCGGACCAAUCUAUCCCGAUCGUCCUUUCCGCAUCUCUUCGUGAUCUUCAAAUAUUCGUGAACAACGAGGAGACGGCAAUGGACGGCUUGAUAUUCAUCUCACAGGUCAUCGCUCCGCGCCAAUGCCCUCGGCAGUUUGUCCUUCCUUCCCUCGACGAAUCGCCUCCUCCACUUAACGUGGCUCUGGUCGACACUGCCCUCGAGCGGCUUAUUCCUCGCCUAUCCUUCACUGGAUGCCAUGCUAUUGACGCCCGAUACCUCGAUCUAGGACCUUCCAGCAUGUGGAUCGUAGGGUUCGAGGCCGAACCGCAAGGCUCUGCCGCACAGCUCCCGCCAUCUUCUCCACACGAUGCGCGUUACACCGAAGGGUACCUCGAGAUUCCUAGUUCUGAAGCGCCGGACCCGUUCUGCUUAAGCAGCUACCUGUCACUCAUCCCCCUCGAACAGCUACACACCCUUUCGCUGGACGUAGUCACCCUUCGUGAUCUCUGCAGAAGCCAAGGAUGGCCGACCUUACUCCGUGCAGAAGGUGUUUGCCGUGUGGAAGUGGCCGAACCCUCUGAGCCGCAAACAUAUAAGUACCUUGUCCUCUUACUGGCAAUCCUCCUGAGGCGCCACAAUCGCGACGAAGGAGACGGUCCCCGUGUUCUAUUCCCGCAUCUGGAGGUCUUGGCUCUCCCUCUAUUCGAGGAGGAAGCCAAAUGCCAUGACAUGAAAGCCGGCAUUGUCAAUCUUGUACAUGCCAGGCAGGAACUGGGAGUGCCGAUGCAUGAGCUGGUCAUACCGCUGGGCGCCUCAGAAUGGUCCGUGUGGACCACCUUGCGUCCGGCUCUCAAGAUUUCGUUCAUUGAUUACCCCAGGCAUUCAGCACCAUUCAACCCUAUGGACUCGUAA